CGAUCUACGAUGGUUGGUUAAUAUCACGGGCCAGGUUAUUUUGCUGAAGCGGAACGCUUAAAAACAAGCUCUCAAAAGCUAUAUAGCAUCUGCGUCAUCAGCUAACCAGCUUACUAACUAGCAAGCUCCAAAGUGUCACUGCAGGCUUUCCUUUUCUAUAGCCCUGAAUAAAUAUUAAGUUAAUGUAAAUAUUAUCGUCAUAUUAGAAUUAAUGGAACAUGAAGUAACUGAGAGAGGCAAUUUCUGUCAAGUUUAACUCCAGUCUACCCGCCUCAAAACAGCGCAGCAGCUCUCGCAGCCACUUGAAUGUGAUGGUCACUCAGGCGCUGUUCCGUUGCCUUGGUUACCGAGCUAGCCUAGUGUGGGCUCAACGGUUUCACUGGGUGAUAAGCUAGCUAGCUAGCCAAAGGGGGAGACAGAAAGUUAUGCGCUGCUAGUUAGCGUUAGCUGGCUAAUCGAUAUAUUUAUUAUACAUAGAUUUUAUUGCUUCUUGGGUUUUAUGACAAAGACUUUACGCGUCGGACCGAAGAGGAUCUUUUCAAGCAGCCUGUUGAUCAAGGAGAUGGGGAAGGUGCGGUGAUCCUAUAUCGGCACCUGAAUCUCAGGUAUACUUAUCAGGAGGGCAAUGCAGGCUUGCUCUUGUCAGCUGCGGUGCGCUAUACAAUGAAGAAAAUCUUCAACUUUACCAAAAAAAAGAAAGGCUCCCCCAGUGCGUCUGACACGGGGAGUGUGCUUUCUGUGGGGUAUGACCUGAAGGAGAAAGACUUGGGAAAGGUGCAGAAGGCUGCAUUCACUGGCGAUGUGACAAAAUUAAGACAGCUUGCGAAAAAGAAUGAUUUAAAUCAGCUUGAUAAAGAGAACAGAACUGCAUUACAUAUAGCCUGCGUUCAUGGACAUACGGAGGUGGUUCAGUUUUUGGUGGAAAGCAAAGUUAAGCUCAACCUAUGUGACAAUCAAAACCGCUCUGCCUUAAUGAAGGCGGUGCAAUGCCAGCAGGAUCGCUGCGUGUCCAUCCUUCUGGAGCAUGAGGCAGAUCCAAACCUGGUGGACAUCAAUGGCAACACAGCGUUACACUUGGCUGCCCGCAUCCCCUCCCUUUCUGUGGCCUUGCAGCUCCUGGAACAUGAGGCUAACAUCAACGCCCAGAACAAGGAAGGCAACACUCCCUUAAUUCUCUCAGUGGAGGAAAACCAUGCAGAGAUGGCUGAACUUUUACUCAAAGAGGGGGCAGAUAUUAAUAUCAAGAACCAGGAACAACGGCCCCCUCUGAUGAUAGCUGCUUGCAAUGGACAAAUCAACAUGGUGCGACUGCUCUUGCAGUACAAUGCUGACAUCACUGUGAAAGACAUUAAAGGAUGGUCUUCUGAUGACUAUGCUGUAAUGAAUGGGCAUCAUGCAUGUUCACAUCUGAUCAUUGAGCAUGGAACAAAGAGGAAAUCCUUGCAGUCACCCCCCCAUCUUGCCCCGGGUAAAAAGAAGCAGGCUUCUAUGCUGGGCAGUCCUGAGGCAGGCUUCUCUCUUGGAGGUCCAGCUCUAGACAAAGAUGCUGCAGAAGGAACCUCCAAAGAAGCAGGGAAAGAUACAGAGGACAAUUCUCAUGCAGACUCCAUUAGUAGAGCAUCAAGAAGUGGCCCUGCUGAUUCCUGGCCCUCUACAGAUGAAGAUGAUGAGUUAGAUUUGAGCCCUAAGAAACCUCAAAAGGUAAACUUAAAGAAGCUCAUGAGUGCCUCCAAAAGAGAACAGAAGGAGGUCGUUGUGGAUCAGGAUCCAAACAAAUCCUGGAGUGGAAGUGAGUCUGAGCCCAACAGCGAGGGCAAUGCCAUAGAACACCGAGCAUUCGCCGUGGCGCUCCCUGCCAGCAGUACCUCCCCGCAGAACCCUGUAGCUCCCACACCCAUCUCCUUUUCCAAACCUCCCCAGAUGAACUCCACACCCCUCAUCAGCUCCCAUAAGGAGAAAGCAUCUUCAGAAGAUGAAUAUGAAGAGGAUGAUAUAGAAGAGGAGUAUGAUAAAGCAGAAACUGAAAGAUCAGAAGGGUCUGAACAUGAUGAAGAGGUUGAGCAGCCUCAAAAAACUGAAAAAUCUCAGGAUAAGAAAAGGGAUUUUAUGUCAGAGCUGGGUAUUGAAAAGGAGGAUGACGAGGAGGACUCACCUUGGGACUCAGAGUCUGGCUCAGACAGCCCCAGCAAAAAGCAGCAACAUGGGUCAAACUCCCUUAACAAGUCACAUAAAGCCAUGGCCAGUAUUUGUGAGGAGAGCAAUGAAGCCCUGCUUUAUAUUCCGUCUUUCUUAAGAGGAUCGAAGCACAGUAGUGUAUUCAGGAGUGUUGGUUGGCCUGGAGGCCAGAAGGCAGUGGUUUUAAUGACCACUAGGGAUGAGGAGGAGGAGGAGAAGGAGGAGGAUGAUGUUGAUGAUGAUGAACCAGAAGAGGAGAAAUCAGAAAAGCAGCAAACCCUAAUUCAUAGAGAGCCAGUGUCCGUACUAAGUAAAUUAAUGGAUUCCAAAGAUGCUGAAAAGAAGACAGACUUUAUGGAGGAACUCGGAUUAGGGGAUGUUGAUGAUCUGGAAGAUGCCUCUGACUGGGACUCAGCUAGUACCACCAGUAAGGCCAGCAAGAACAUCCCAGCCUACAAACUGGAGGAAGAGCUAGUGGGUGAAACCCAGGGGGCUCUGCCUGUCCUCCCAGAGCAGGAGCUAGAUACCUCCAGCCCAGAGGCACAGGAAGCUGCCAGCACAGAAAGAAGUAGACCCUCUCCUGCAGCAACUCCUCCCCUGCCAAGCCCACGGUCCCUCACAACACGCACUGGCGUACAGCCCCAGCCACAACCUCAGCCACGCAUCCACAAGAACCCAGCCCAGAAACCAGAGAGUGAUGAAGAGUCAGACUGGGACACAGACAACAACUCCAGUCCAACAAAAGUGACAACUCCACUGCUGAACAUUGCACAGACUGAAGCAGAAACCCCACAAGAAGAUGGAGCAAGUGAUAGUAGCUCUGAAGCCAGUGGACAUGCAGACCAGGAGAGAGAGACAUUAGAUGCGUCUGAGUUAGACGUAAUUAGUCCGUGUCAACUAGGCCCCUCUGAUUAUCAGCCAUCUGAACUUGAAAAGGAAGAGCGAGAUGGUAUAGAGAAAGAAGAUUUGAAUAAGACCACCUGGGAGGAACGUUAUGAGAAGAUCUGGGUGGAGAGUGAUAAAAAGGAGACGAAAUCCCAGUACAAAAACGUGGCUGCUGAGCUUAAAGAAAGAUUUGGAGAAAUACAGCUGAAGAAACCAUAUGAGUCUGACGAGGACGUAGAGGUGAAAGAAGGAGAAGAGAAAGAAGAGGAAAAAAAAGAGUUGAAGAGAGACACAGACGUCCCUGAGAGUGCAUCAGAAGAAGACUCAAGUGAAGAUGAGGGAGAGCCAAUAGUGCGACCCACUGCCCGGGCCAGAACUGUAAAGCUGUUACCUAUCCCAGAGCAGAGGGAGUCUGGGCUGGAGGAGUCCUGCUCUGAGGAACCUAACGGAGCACCCAGCCACACGACUAGUGAUGAAGGCAGUGAGGCAGAUCUUCCUCAUGAUGACUUCACCGAAGAUCAAGAUAUCCAGCGACCUACCCCGAAGCCCUUCGAAGAAGCACAAAACUCUGUCCAUGGGUCUGGCCACAGUGUAGAUCCUUCCUCUAAUGUAAAUGAAAAUAAAGGAAAUUCUGGCUCAGCUGGUGUGUGUGGUCAGGGAGCCGAAUUCAAGACAAGUCAAGAAUCUUCAGAAGAAGCUGAUAGAAGCCAUUUGCUUUUUGUUGGAGAGCUAGAGGUUCCUCCCUCAAAUUCAGAAGCACUCUCUCCCAACUCAGAUGAAGAGGCUGAGCUUGAGGCCCUACAGAGAUGCAUGACUGAGAGUGCUGUGGCAAAGACUGAUGACAUGAGAGAGAAGCCUAAAACCGCUGCUUUAUGGGACUCUGGUGGAUCCAGGAAACAAACUGACGCUGACCAAGGAAAAGGAAAGAAAGCAGACACUAACCCUGGCAAACCAAAACCUGAACAGGAAGGGAAAUCUGACAGUGGAUCUCAUCAGAAGGAUGAUGGGCUUGAGAAAAGGGAUAGUGUUUCGCCAAGAUGGCAGACAAGAAGUCCAAGGAGCACUAACCGGAGGACAACGGAAGAUGAAGAUGAACAGAAGAGGGCUUUUGGUAGCCAGGGGAACCUUCUACAUGUCCCUGCUCCACGGCAGGCUAGACCUCCCAUCCCUGUGAACCACCAUAAUGGAGACCCCCUGUCUGUGUUUGACGAUAGUUCUUUAAGUGAGGUGUCAGAAGAUGAAGGAAGGUAUCCAUCCUCAAGGCAUAAAACUGAGAAGAGUGGCGGAGAGUUGGAAAUGGCAGAUGAUUUUGAAGACCUUACACAAUCUUCAGACACAGCCACUGAGGAGCUGGACUCCACUGCAUCAGGCUACCGUCAUGCCACUCUGCUCAUCAGCCAGCUGGACGUCAGCUCUAUAGAUUCAGUGAGCAUGGUGAAGCUGCAGAACAUAUUCCGUGAUUACGAGCACACUAUCCACAAGGAGCGCGACAGGCACAGCCGGCUAGUUGACAAGAUCUCUCAGUUGGAGCAAGAGCGGACUGACCUUAGGCUUCUGCUGGAGGAGAUCAGAGAGAGCAGAUCCAGCCUGGAGCACCUCCGCUUAGAGCUGGAGACAGACCUCAACAACCUCAAAUUUCUAUUGAAGCAGGAACAGGAGAAACACCAGAGUGCAUCCAUGCUGUACGAUAAAACCCGUGAGCAGUUGAGGAGGAAAGAGGAGGAGCACCGGGCUGAGGCAGAGGAGAGGCAGAAAGUGGAGCUUAACAUGCGCAACUUGGAGCUGGAGAUGAGGGCUCUGAUGAACACCAUGAAGCAGCUGGAGGAGGACAGGAAUGAAACCCAGCGUCUUUUGGCCCAUGAGCGAAGUGCCCGGGCUUUACAGGAGGAGUUGCUGAACAGCCACCUGCGCAAGCAGCAGGACAUUGAGGAAGAGAACCUCAAGAACCUCAACAAGAGCAAUGAGGUCAUGUCCCAACUGACGGAGUCCAGCGAUCGUGAGAGGGAACUGCACCAGCAGAUCAGCGCUCUGCAGGAAGAGUUGAGCUGUGUGCGGGCCGAGCUGGAGCGUGUACAGUCCCACAGCCAGCAGGAGGAGAGCAGACUGGCCGAGGAGAGGGACGCUCUGCGGGAGAGGCUGGAGGAUGCUCGGCGUGACCUGAAGCUGAGUGAGGAGGCUCUGGCCCAAACUGUCUUCCAGUACAAUGGGCAGCUGAGCGCGCUGAAAGCAGAAUGCUCGGUGGUUAGCGCCAAGCUGGAGCACGAGAGGCAGGCACGUCAGCAGCUGGAGGCUGAGGCAGAGGCUAGCAGAGCACGGCUACAGGCAGCACUGCAGGAGACCGAAAGGUGUCAGGCGGCGCGUGCAGAUGCGGAACGCUCUCUGCAGCGUGAGCGGGAUGAACACCAGCGAGCUCACGACAAGCGUUCUGUGGAGUCCAGUUCACAGCGUGACACUAUUCAGUCCCUAUCCCAGAAACUGAGCAAAGCAGAGGCCCGUGCCAACAGUCUGGAGAACGAAUGCCAUCGCACAUCGCUGAGUGUGGCUGAGAAGAGCGUGCUGCUGGAGACGGCGGUGCGGGAGCGGGAGCAGGCCCAGGCGCGUGUGAAGGAGCGGGAAGCAGCGCUGCAGAGCGAGCGAGAACAGGCCAGCCGGACCACCGCCAGGCAUGAGGCUGUGCAAGAGAGGCUGGCCCAGGCACAGAGCGAGACAGCACUGCUCAGGCAACAGCUCGAGGAGGCCCACAACAAAGGCACAGCCAAGGAGCGGGCAGCCACGGACGCACAGGAGCGCUUCGCUGACGUGCUGAACCAGCUGCGGGCUGAUGGCGAGGAGAGAGUGCAACUGGUAGAGGAGAGGAACAAAGAGCUGGUAGCCAAAAAUACUGAGCUCAGAGAGCAGAACUACAAACUGGAGCAGGAGAAAGGCGAGAGAGAGAGCUCUUUGAGGCAGCUGCAGCAGGAGCUGGCAGAUUCUCUAAAGAAGUUGUCCAUGUGUGAGGCAUCUUUGGAAGUGAACACUCGCUACCGCAGUGACCUGGAAGAAGAGAAAACGCGCACUCAGAAGGACUUGGACAGGCUCAGGGGAAAGCUGCAGGAGACUGAGGAGCAGUACAUGCAGGCGGAGAGGCGCAUUAACGGUUUAAAGGGCAGUCUGGAUGAGAAGGAACGAGAGGUCAUCAGCACUGGCCAGAAAUUGCAGGAGGUGCUAGCUGCUUCAGCAUGCACAGACCAAACUGUUAAACAGCUGGAGGAGGCAGUGCAGAGGUUGGAGAUUGACAACGCCAGACUGGAGGCAGCCGCCAAACAGCAGACCAACCGCAUUGAAGUGCUUCAGAAAGAAGCCCAGGAAGCUAAUGUGCCAUCAGACUCAUCACCGAGAGGAGGGGUGCGGCAUCGGUUAGAGGAUUUGGUCACGAAUCUGCAAAGCAGCAAGAUGACUCUGGAGGAUCAGCUCAGUCGUGAGAUGCAGAAGCAAAGCAUGCUAUCCCACAAUGCCCAGGACUCACAGGCUCUGUGGGAGGAGGAGCUAAAGAGCCGGUCACGGAUUGGACUGCGACUUGCUGAACUGGAGAAGGAGAAAGGAGAGCUCAGCAACCAGAUGGAGCUUGAGAAGAAGAAGGUCAAGAAGAUAGCAGAGCAGAAGAAGGCUGUGGAUGCCCGGCUGGACCAGGAGAUGAAGAGAAACACUGAGCUACAGAAAGAAAUGUACAGGUUGCGAACUCUGGUGAAGACAGCUAAGAAGAAGCUGCGGGAGCAGGAUGGAGGAGAGCUGGGUUCUCCUCUGGGCAGUCUGAGAGGAGAACUGGGCCAUAGACAUAGUGAGGCAGAGGGAGCCAUCAGCAGGAUGAAGACAAAAGUGGAUGAACUGCAGGUGCAGUUGGAGAGGGAGGCGUCACGCUGCUCCAGGCUGGAGGAGGUGAACAGGCAGCUCAAGGAGCAGCUCGGCUCGCUGAAGAGCCUGAGCCGCAGCCAUGAGCGUUUAGAGCGCAGCAAGCGGCAGCUGGAAGAGGAGGUGACGGGCCUGCGCAGACAAGUAGAGGCCGGGCUCAUGGACCAGAGCCAGGCUGAGCAAUACCGUAGAGAAACAGAAGAGAGAGCCAGACAGGAGAUACGCCACAAAUUGGAGGAGGUCAACCUCUUUCUGCAGACGCAGGCCGCGUCUCAGGAGGCUCUGGAGCAGAUAAAGGCUGCUAACGAGGCCAGUCAGAGAGCUCAACUGGAGCAACGCAUUAAGGAGCUGGAGGGAGAACUGAGCCGUGUGCGCAGUAACCAGCAGGACAGCCUGGUGCAGAGAGACUCCAGCCGCACUGAGCUUGAGCGCUACAGACAGCUGUACACCGAGGAGCUGAGACUCCGCAAGAGCCUGGCUGCUAAGCUAGAGAGGUCUAAUGAGCGGCUAGCAGAGGCCAACACUAAGCUACUAAGUGAGCGGCAGCGUAGCAAGUCUCUGCUCACUAGCAGCCUAAUGAACGGCAGUCUGGCAGGACCAGCACUGGACACAGCCUCUUUAGGCUCUGUGGGGGCAUAUGGAGCCUCGCUGGGACCCCUCAACAGAAGCCUGGGUCUGGGAUCCCCUCUGCUGGGGUCUGUGGGGGAACCACAGAGCAAUCGUGUAGAGGCCUACCUGGCAAAGAUGCAGUCUGAACUAGAGAAAAACAUAUCAAAGGAGUUGGACUAUGCCACAGCUGAGAUGGAGGGCGACUCGGCCCGGAUGUCUCCAGUGGGUUCUGCCUGUGGUUCUCAGAAGAAUCUGAAUUUAAAUCUGAACCUGGAGCAGCAGGACCCAUUGAGCAGAGCCACCCAGCAGUACUUGGAGGUUCUUAAGAAGAACUACAUGAUCUGACCAUACAGCCAGCAUGCACUACACACUAGAAAGGGCCAAAGGGACUGAAUGCUUAGCACAAUAAUUAUGACUGAAAGAUGCAGAGGGUAUAGGGAGAUGACAGUGUUGUUUAUUUUCGCAUUGCUAGGGAAAUUACAGUAAUUGAUCAGUGUAUUUGUGUAUAGAGAGAUGAGAUGUUAGUUAAUUUUUACUGCUCAUCUUCAAAGGAUGACUGAUGGUUAUUGUUAUAGUGCUAAGAAACACCCCUUACAACAUUGAUACACAAUUCUGCCUGUAGGUUUUGAGCUCACAAACAGAAAUGAAAUGAGCUUGGUCCAGAAAUGUAAUGGAAUACAUUAAAUAUUGAAAGAAGACAUUUCUGUGACUAAUAGAGUAUUAUCAAUUCUUACAGGGAGAGCAGAUAGGGCUGCUGCAUGAAAUGAAGUGUGAGACAACAAGGGAAAAUGUGAGUGGCAGAAGAAGAUGAAAAACAAGAGACAGUGAGGCAGUUAGACAACUAUGACCGCUACAAGCCUUCAGGAAGAAUUGUGCAUUACUUUACCACGCUACCACCGAAAAGGGCCAAAGCCUAAACACUACCACUCCACGGUUUUUAUUAUUUUUAGCUAAGAUUGACAAUGCACUUUGUACCUCAGAUACUCAGGAGCUAAAUGAAAAGUUUUUAAACUUUUUCCUUUAAAAAGUGGUGGAAGCCACAACGGUUUUGAUGAAUGGGUACGUGCAGAGUGCAGCUUUAAGAACCCCUUUUGCUGCUACAUUUUUAUGUCUGUUACAGCUUAAUGUUACCUUGAGGUUAUAUUCAUUAAUGCUUUUUUGUAGUGGUUGCAUUUUGUUUAAGGAAAAAGUAUUGGAUUUGGUACCAUGACCAUUAUUGCCAAGUAAUAACAGUGGUACAUUCAGUCCUCUGGUGCAAUAUAUAUGUCAACUGUCUUAAUUUGCGAAGAUAAAACUCUUAAUUUGGGAAUUGUUUCAUUUUGUUAAACAUGUUAUACUUGAAUUGAGACAAAGCUAGAGACCUUUCCUGGUCUCUGGUGGUAGACCAAGUCCAAGCUAAAACAAGCAGCAUACUGCAUUGUGCGGUACAUAUUUGUUUAAUUUGUGUGCUUUUUGUGUCGAUUCCAAGCAUUUCAGUAUUGUUACGUUUAAAGAGCUGAAAUAUUGAAAGAAAUCCUCAAUUAAAGGGAACAGCAUUGUU